AGGACCUUUUUUAACAGUGUUUAUUCCUGAGGAUUUAAUCUUUUUACUCUAAUACUUUGUCUUUUUUCUUUUUUUAACAAGGCUAUGUCUAUUCAUAUAAUGGAUACACACAUCAGGAAAAUGGCACAGUUGUUGGACAAUGAUCAGUUUUUGGAAAAAGUUGGGGUGACCACAAAAUCCAGUCUACAGGGUGAUCACGCACUGUGGCAAGAUUUUACUAUGUCUCAUGUAGGACCAGAUAAUGGAUUGCUGGUAACACAUAUCAACAAGACACAAGAUCUGCUGAGAGUACAAAUGAAGAAAAUACAGUCUAAAAAGGUGCAAACCACAGAAGAAUGGCUAAGAAACUACAGUUUAGAAUCCUUGCAAUUAACAUUAGAGCAUCUGAUAAAUGAAGGCAAUAUUAUUUUGAAUUCAAGAAAUGGUGUUGAAGAGAUAGAGUUUACAGAAGAGACUGUUACGGAUUUUGAGUCCAGACUUUAUGAAGUGAUUGAACUUUAUCAGCAGAGAAUUCAGUGGCUGUUGCAGGACAGCAGAAAGGUGUUUGGCCUUAUAAAAGGAACCAAAGUUGGACUUGUGGUUGAUGUGUCUGAUAUGAGUUAUGGACGUAGACUACUGGAUUUUCAGAAGGACCUUUUGUGCUUAAUAGAUGAACAGCUAUGUUAUAAGAAGCAAUUGUACUGCCUCUCAUUCAGUACAGAAAUUUCACCUCUGUGGGAGAGUCCAAAAAACAUCAAUGUUCAUGCGCUGCAUGAAGCAAGACAGUGGAUACAACAGCUGGAGCCUGGUCGAGGCUGCAAUUUGCUGAAAGCCUUAAAACAUGUCCUUACGAUGAAAGAACUGAAUUCUCUGGUUCUUAUUGUAGGAAGCUGCCCUGAUCAGUCUUUGGAAAUAUUGUCUGACUAUGCUCAGCAGUGUAUGGUGGGGAGAAAACUGCAGACUCAUGCUGUUACAUAUGAUUGCAGCAAUCCUGCUUCUCUCGCAGUUCUAAAGAACCUUGCAGAAGCUGUAAGAGGCCGUUAUCAUUGCUACUCUUCAAAGGGAGAGAAUUUUGAUAGCAGUGAUGUUCAUCUGCUACUUCAGGAAUCCCAGAAAGCUAAGGACCUACUCAAGAACAUCAAGCAGACUUUUCGAAGAAGAAUUCAUAGCUCACUUAUUAGUAGAAUAGCAGAUGUUUCCACAGAAUUUGCAAAUACACCACCUUCUAACUUCUUACCAAAGCCUCCAAAGCACGAAGGACCAUUAGUUAUUCAAACACCGUGUGUCCUGGCCAAAACCUCAACAGACUGGUUAAAGACAAAUGGAUUGAAAGCUAAAAAGUUAAACCUUUAUCAAGUUUUGGCUCCCAAUGCCUUCUCUCCUGUGGAAGAAUUUGUACCUAUUCUUAAAAAAACAGUAUCAUCAACUCUACAUGAGAAAGCAAUGAUGCAGUUUGAAUGGUAUGAUGGAACUGUGAAAAAUAUCCACGUUGACCUGCCAGUAUUAUACAACUAUCAGAAACUCCUUGCUAAAAUGGUAAGAAUCUAUGAGAAACGAAUUGACUGGCUAUCUGUUGCUAGCAGAAGAAUAUGGGGAAGUGUUUGUGAAAGGAGGGUGGUUAUACUUGUUGAUAUAUCAGUGACAAACUCUAUGUACAUCAUCCAUAUCCAACAUUCUUUGCGACUUUUACUUGAGGAACAAAUGUCAAAUAAGGAUUACUUCAAUAUUAUAGCAUUUGGGAGUGACAUUAUGCCUUGGCAGCUGGAACUGGUUCCUUCCCAACCAGAAAAUUUACAAAAUGCUUGGAGGUGGGUGUUGAACUUGCAGUGCAAAGGGAGUAGAAAUUUCAUGAGUGCUCUCAGGAGAGCUGUGGAAGUGGACUUCAAAGACAAAGAUAAACACAAAUCACAAGGACUUUACCUGCUGACUACUGGAAUACCUGAUCAGGAAACACACACAGUCAGUGCAUAUGUGGCUGAAGUUUGCAGAGGUUUUGAUUUGCAGCUUCAUGUCUGUUUGUUCAGUGUAAUGGAGGACAUUGACUCCAAUAGGAUUAUGCCAGCCCGCUAUGCUAACCCAACUGAAACUGCCAUUGCUUUUAAAGAAAUAGUACAGGCAGCCAACGGGAGAUUUCAUUGGUUUGGAGAAGCAGGUAUUUUUGAAAGUGAUGAUAUCACUAUUAUUGUGUCUGAAAUGGAAAAAGCAAACAACUACUCCCAAAAGUGUGCCUUCCUAGUGGAAUCCUUAAAGCAACGUUCAAUGAAUCAGUCUGUUAAUCCAUUUGUACCAGAAGAGGACUCAAAUGCGCUUACGAAGAAAGAGAAAAGAAGGCCGCAGCAGUUGCCAUCUCCUAGACCCACAGCUCUCAGUCUGGCUAGAAUGUAUAUUAAAGACAAUCAUGGUGCAGAGAGAAGUACUUCCAUAAACAUACUGGCAUGGCGUCCUACUAGUGCCAAAGCAGGAAUUCCACCAGCACAAACAAUAAAAGAAUGGCCUCAGACUAACAAUAAAAGAAAGCAUAAACCAAGGAAGCAGCCAGAGUUUUCUGUGUCCGUAUUUUAUACUGAUAAAGGAAGAAAUGUGGGUACAGUAUACCGAAAGUAUCCAAAGAUAAUGUGCGUAAGAAAGUCUGUUCCCUCUGUUACAUUGCCAAAAAAAGAGGAAAUCUGUUCAAGCAAAGAGUGGCUGACCAAGUACAGUAUUAAAAAGCUUAAACUGGAAUUGCCCAGACUGAUGUUUGGUCCAGGCUGUACUCACCAAAAGAAAACUGUGGAGUCUCUGCACAAGAAAGUAUCGGCAAAAUACUGUUCUAUCUUCCCUAGUGUAGAAAUCAAUGGGGUUGUGAAACAUCUGCAGUUUCAAUCUAAAGAACUGGAAAUCUACACUGAACAACUGGAGAAAGUAUUGCAGCGCUAUAUACAAAGAAUACAGUGGCUUCUGUCAGGAAGCCGAAGAUUGUUUGGUACCAUUUUAGAAGCAAAUGUCUGUGUUUUGAUUGAUACAUCUGGUUCCAUGGACCCAUAUUUGCCACAUAUCACAAAAGAACUUACCUCUCUUAUCUGGGAACAGCUGAGAAAAAAUGAAGUCAGGUUUAACCUGCUGAGAUUUGCAGAAAACACAGAGAGUUGGAAGGAGUGUCUUGUAGAGGCAAAUGAUCAAACAUGUCAUGAUGCUGUGCAGUGGGUAUCCAAAUUCCACGCUCAUGGUAAUACAUGCAUCCUUAUGGCUUUACAGAAGGCUCUCAGUUUCAAAGGUAUAGAGGCACUGUACAUAUUGACUGAUGGAAAACCUGACACCAGUUGCAGUCUGAUUUUGAAAGAAAUUGAAAGACUGAGAAAGAAACAAGAUAUUAAAAUCCACACCAUUUCUUUUAGCUGUACAGACAGAGGAGCUAAUGAAUUUCUGAAGAAGCUUGCUUCCCAAACAGGAGGGCGCUACCAUUGCAGUUUUGGAGAUGUGGAUGGACAAUUAGCAGCACACAGAAUGUUGACAGCGGGGCUUGAUGUUGAAGAUGAUCCAGUUUUCCCGUACUUUGAAGGAGAUGAUUUAAAGAAACUUAUUCAAGAAGUAGCAAAAGCUAGAAGUUUCUUGAAACAGGCAAAAUCUUUGAGGUUAUUACUACAAAAAUGGAAUAUAAAGCAAAAGGACAAUUCUGGCUUUAAAAAAAGUGCUCAGGAUUAAAUUUUAGACCAAGAAAAGACGCUGAAGAGGUUUGGAGUGGUUCCACUCGCCUGCUUCUUUUCAGAGUGUGCUUAAAGCUUCCAGCUUCAAGGAAAGAGGGAAGAUGUAUUCUUUGUUGUCUCUGAACUUCUGGCAAGAGAAGUUACAGAUGAUAAGUGCUGUUGACUUAUUCCACUUGCAGACUUUGCAGGACUCAAAGUAAAUCAAGCCCUGAACUCUCCAAAGUUUAAACAUAAGUAGAAGAUAUUUCUCAAUAUAGCUAAUACAAAGUUUAAGUGUCAUGUAUUUCUAAUACAAUGAGUAGUUAUACAGGGUCACAAUUUUUCUUUCUCUUCUAUUCUACUGCAUCAUACUAAUAAUUGCUUCAAUCAGUUGGUGGUAUGUCCAAGAUGUCUUUUUUGGCAGUUGGUUUGAGACUUGUUUGCUGGUGCUCAUUAUCGCUAACAGACGGGACAGAUGGCUGUGAUACUAGAAAGAGAAUUCUUUAGCCAGUUUCACGGAAAACAAAGCUGGGAAUGAAUGUUUUUGCCAAAAGAAGUUUGCUAAUAAUUAUUUCCACUCUUCGCUUUUUUUGUUGGCAGUAGAGGAUAUAGAGACAUGCAAACAAGUAAUAUUGUGUUGCUCAUAAAGCCUGGUUAUAUUUGUGUAACCAGACACUGCCAGACUUCUAAGCAAUUCUGUUAAGUUCUUAGGUGUUUCCUAUCCUAGAAAGAUUAAAAAUAUGUUUGCCAGUACUGUGUAAGAAAAUCCAGUUUAAGCUAACUGCAGUAAUGAGGCAUAUAUUUUUCCAGUUGAUUUAUGAAAUACAUUUUUUUUUUUUAACGAAGAACUCUGCAAUGACAGCUCAUUAGUAUUUUUUAGGUGUUUACUGUUGUCUUUCAGAGGGUUAGGAUUCAUCUCAGGUGUUUAAUAUAUGUAAUAUUUAAUGAAAUGGAUUCAGACUGCAAAAUUCAGAUACUUGAUCUGAGUUUAUUCAGGAGCCAUUUGCAUCUCCUGAGUUCCAGCUGAUGGGAGUGAUUAGAUAUAAGUUGAUAUGGGAGUUACUAUCUUUUCUGUCCCUCCAUCUGUUUUGUCUCCAUAAAGAAUUAAAAAUUAUUUCUAUCAUAAAAGUCUCUUUUUAGUGUUGUAUGCUCUGCAGCAGCUGACUCCUGCCUUCCAUGUUAGUAUCAGCCUACUGUGGAAUACUGCAGUUAAAAUGGUGCUUUGUGCUAGGCAUCACUUUCUCUGAUUUUAUUAGUAUGUGCAUUGGUAUGUGUGUAACUGCUGAGAUGCUUUGAUAUGAAAACGUUAAUUGUAAAUUAAUAGGAUUAGUUACAUUUUUAUUUGGGGUAUAUAAAUAUUAGAAUAUGAUCUCUGAUAAAAUGAGUGGAUUUGUACUAAUGGAAAUGUAAAACAGUAAAUCUAGGUAGAAAGGAUGAGGUUUCUGUAUUGCCAAAAAGAGAUUCUUAUUUAUUCCUCGGAGGAUUUAAGAAAUGUCACAAUACUGUAGCAUAGAUUCUGAUACUCUUAUAAAGGUCCUUUAAAAGAACCUUAAAAGGAAAUAUACUCGUGCAGGUAUGUUAAAUGAUAUCAGAGACUUUUUGUGAAAUAAGAUAGUAAUGCACAUGUCAGAUUUUGCAAAUGUGGAUAAGCAUCAGAAUAUUUCAGUGUGUUGUGUUAGGUUGCAAUCUGUCACACCUCCCAUUUACAGCCUCUUUUUUUUAGACUGAUUGUCAAUGGAUCUAUGUAAUCCCAAGUUCACAGCAACCUACUAAUACUCAUCUCUUCACUCAGUUGUUUGUUUUGGUUUAGACUGGUCAUUUGUUUCUGUGGGCAGAGCAUAGCAAGUUUCUCUGGUUCACUUGAGUAUCCUCCCAGACUUAAAGUAGGUGUUAGGAAUUCAGGAGUCUUCUCUUUGCUGGUGGUAUGAGCUAAGGGUUUCCAAGUCUCCUGCUGAAGACAAAUGCAACUGAAAACUAAGGAACAAAUGUUGAUGUUAGAAUUUUUGUAACCGCAGAAGCUAUAAAAUAGUUGGGUGUUACAGUAUUUAGCCAUUGCAUCCCAUCCAACUUCACUUCUUUUGUGUUUUCAGGCUGUAGCCUCUCCAUGCUUCUGAAGCCUUCUUGUCUUGCAGGCUGGUCAGUCCUGCUAUCUACUCAGAGCAGCUUCUUCCUUUAAAAUGUAGUUUCUGUCUCCUGCCUAUCACCUACCUGGAAACUCUCAUCCUACCUGCUUCCAUCAAUCUGAGGGCUAAUUUGUCAGGAAAACAUUUUAAGGAGAUGAUUCUUAAGAUGUGAUGACCUGAUUAAUGGAGUGCUCUGUUAAUGGCUUUUCAAUGUUGAUCUGUCAUGUAUAUGUCAUUUGCUUUCCUGGUUUAUGCUUCCUGGAAUGCAAUUCCCUGUAUUCAAGACAUAAUAAAAGAGGAGUUUUAUAAUUGACAAA